AUGGAGCGCGUCUCCGCGCGCGGCGUCGACGCCUCCGUCGUCGCCCGCGCCGUCGUCGCCGACGCGAUCGCCAGAGAGCGUCCAGAGAGCGCGCGUGAGGAAGAUGAAGACGUCGCGGCGGCGUCGACGCCGAGCGAACAACUGCUCGAGCGCUUGACGCGGACGUCGAGAGAGACGUCGGCGGAGCUCGACGCGGUGCGCGAGGCGUUGGAGACGAUAGAUGGAAGCGUGGACGCGCUUCGGGUGGCGAUCGGACGGAAGCGGGCGGAGGGAUUGGAGAAGAAGUUGCGGGAACAGGCGAAGGCGAUUCGGGCAGCGGAGAGAGCGGCGCGCGAGGAGCGGGACGCGGUCGAGCGUCGGAAACGGUCGAACGAGGAGACUAAUGGGACCACGAAAAGAGGCGUGAUCGAUCUGACGUCCACGAGCGCGGUGAGCCGGGGGAUGGAGGUAAAGAACGCUCCAACUAAGAAGACAACUGUGAAGAAGGCGGCGCCAAAGGCGGACGACGAUUUUUUUGACGAUCUCUUCGACGCGUCCAAAGGUGCAGCGACGGAGACAGAACGCGAGCGGUUGAUUCGUAUCGGUGUUCUCACACCGUUUGAUCGAUUGGAAGGGUUUGAGCGCGCUGUGAAGGAGCGUGAGUCGUCGAGCAAGGCGGCGGCGGCGACCGCGGCGUGGCGCGAGUCGAGAAAUAAGACGAAGACGUUGACCGCCGAGGAAAUGCCGCGUUUGGAAGCGAACGCACGACCGUUCGCUAGUAGGGCAACGCGAAAUGCGACAAGUGAGUCGACGAAGAAACAGAUGGCCGAGCGACGAGCGGAGUGGAAGGCGAAGAUGCUCGAGAAUGACGGCGCCGUCGCCGGGAAGCGAACACGACAAAGCGGACGCACAAUGCAUGACAGCGACGAAGAAUACGCGAAUUACGAGGAGACGGCUGAGGAAGAUAGAAACGUCUCGGAAGAGGUCGAGUUUGCGGGCGGUUUAUCCAUUCCGGGCGACACGUACGAGCGUUUACUUCCACAUCAGAAGACGUGCCUGAAAUGGCUGUGGGAGCUCCACUGCCAACGCGCCGGAGGUAUCAUCGGCGACGAGAUGGGACUCGGAAAAACCGUUCAAGUCUCGUCGUUUCUUUGUGCGUUGCAUCACUCAGGGAUGUACUCCCCGUCGAUCAUCGUAUGUCCGGCGACGAUGCUUCGACAGUGGCGUCGUGAGCUUCGAAUCUGGGCGCCCAAGCUUAAGGCGACGAUAUUACACGAUUCAGCAAUGUCGAGCUCGUCCGGGAAGACGAAGGCGCGCGAGCGCGAGCGUGUGUUCGACAUGUGCGUGCGCGAUGGCGACGGUAUCCUGGUGACGACAUAUGAGCAGAUGCGUUUAUUUCGAGACAAAAUAUGCUCCGUGCGAUGGGGGUAUGCCGUGUUAGACGAGGGGCACAAAAUUCGAAAUCCGGAUGCGGACAUCACGAUCGUCUCCAAGCAGCUGCAGACGGUCCAUCGCAUCGUCAUGAGCGGUGCUCCGAUUCAAAACAGAUUAUCUGAGCUCUGGUCGCUCUUUGAUUUCGUAUUCCCCGGGAAACUUGGGACUCUACCCGUGUUUCAAGCGCAGUUCGCGGUACCGAUUCAAAUAGGCGGGUACACCAACGCCAGCAACCAACAGGUGACGACUGCCUAUCGUUGCGCAGUCACCCUGAAAGAUCUCAUCGCUCCAUAUCUUUUGCGCAGAAUGAAGUGUGACGUGGACGUAAAGCUUCCCGAGAAGACGGAGCAGGUUCUCUUUUGUCCAAUGACACAGGAACAGCGCGAGGCGUACCGAGCGUACCUGGCCAGCCGCGAAGUGGAAGAGAUUCUGGAUGGAUCGCGCGAGGCUCUCGGCGGAAUCGACGUUUUGCGAAAGAUUGUCAAUCACCCCGACUUGCUGGAGCGUCGCACGCAGGCAGCAAGCGAAGAGUACGGUGACGCUUCGCGAAGCGGUAAGCUCCAGGUGACGCUUAAGGUGCUUUCCCUCUGGCGCGAGCAGGGCCAUCGAUGCUUGGUUUUCAGCCAGACACAGCAGAUGUUGGACAUCCUUGAGGCCGCAGUCGCUCGAGCGGGAUACAGUUACCGCCGUAUGGACGGAAACACCUCGAUAGGGAUGCGCAUGUCACUCAUCGAUGAGUUCAAUGACAACGACAAGGGCAUCUUCGUAUUCCUGCUCACGACCAAAGUCGGAGGCUUGGGAGUCAAUCUCACCGGCGCUAAUCGCGUCAUGUUAUUCGAUCCGGAUUGGAAUCCAUCCACGGACGCGCAGGCACGCGAGCGCGCCUGGCGCAUAGGGCAACAGAAAGAAGUCACCGUCUAUCGACUCAUCACCGCAGGCACGAUCGAGGAGAAGGUGUAUCACAGACAAAUUUACAAGGAGUUUCUUACGAGCAAGGUGCUCAAGGAUCCAAAACAGCGUCGGUUCUUCAAGGCUCGCGAUAUGGCGGAUCUCUUCACGUUCGAUGAAGUCGCGUGCGGCGGCGGUGGAGACGAAUCGAAGGGCACUAUUGAAACGGUCGAACUCUUUUCAGAGGUCGAGGGCCAAAUUUUGCGCGGCGACGUCGAGGAAUCCGUCAUCUCAGAAGAAGGGGCAGAGGACGGUGAGGUCGAGCACGGUGAAUGGGAUCCAAAUGAUAAUCAUGCGCCGCCAAAACGCACGGCGAAGAAGAUCGACGGCCACAGGGUGCGAGUGGAGACGGCGCGCGAUCCGGAUGCCCAUGUAAAUGGAGACAGCGGCGCAGGUGACGCGCAGAUUUUGCGCGGCUUAUUCGAUUCCGGCAACAUCCAGGUCGCGAUGAAUCACGACAAGAUCAUGGGCGCAGCUGGUGUUGAUCGCAUGGCUCACAACGCCGAGGCCGAGCGCGUCGCUCGAAGGGCGGCCGAGGCGCUCCGAUUAUCGGCGCAAAGCGCUCGCGCUGGAUUGGCGGUGCAUGUCCCCACUUGGACGGGAAACCGCGGUGCCGUGCACUCCACCGCACCGAGUGCAUCUGUCGUGCGUCCGCUCGGACGGUUUGGGCGUACGAGCAUCCAAUCCCGCUCGAACGAUUCGAGCACCGCCGCGUUGGGCUCUCGAGCGCUCCUCGAGCGCAUCGCCGCUCGAAGAGAGGACAACGCUCGUGCUGUCGAGGCCGAUCUCGAGAGCUCCGAGCUUGACGAGACGCAGGCGAAUGACAUGAUGCGAGACAUUAUCCUUCUGCUCAAAUCUCGGGGCGGUCGCGCGUCGACAAGCUUCGUCAUCGAUGCUUUUCAGGACCGAGUGCAGAGCCAUCAGCACGCGCUAUUCCGCAAGCUCCUCAAGCUCGCCGCCGACCUCGAGCGCUCACCAACGAGCUCGCGCGAGGGCUCCACAAGCUCUUGGGUGCUGAAACAAGAAUUCGCCGAUCUAUGA